AAUUUUUAGAGCAGAUUUACAUGAGCUAUUCAGUCCACAGUCGGAGCCUAAAGGAACUUGUCACUCAGGAUUGGCUUUACUGGCAAAUUCUUCGCCACCUACCUUAAUUUCUUCUGUACAGCGUCCAAAAGGAGACUGCAAGUGUGACACUAAUAUGAGGAAGCCUUUACAUGCCCCAGACCCUGGAGAACAUCAGGAGCCAGUCGGUUGUUGUGUUUAGAAGACUAUGCUCUCCUCGACACCGUAAGGCAAGUGCUCGUGCUAAACCAGCCAGAGCAGCCUCACAGCCAGCCUGAGCCUCAGCCUCCACCUAUGCAACAGCGAUGGAAUUGAUGCUCCCAGGUGCUGACAUGGGGCCCCAGAAGGACUCCUUCCCCCUGAGCAGAAGGCAUCACUACCUCCACGUCCGGAGAAAAUUGAGGCCCAUAAGGAUUCUAGCUUUCGUCCUCAGCAUUGUGACUCUCAGCACAGUCUUCUCAUUGGGUGCCUUCCAGUGGACUACUUCUUCUACUGGGCGUGAUGGAAAUGGAGGUGAUCUACUUUCCUCCUCCCCCGCUGCUAUGUCCGGGGGAGACCUACUGCAGUCGGCCCCCCGCAGAACACUGCUCACCACCAAGCACCAGGGAGGCCACAACGUCUCUAUGAUGGAGGACAUGCCCGUGGCCAUGAAGUCUUCCAUGGAUGAGAUGAACCAGGGGGACUACCCCACGGAUCUCUUCAACCUGGAGGAGAGAAGGCAGGGGGCUGUGGGUCUGCACAUGUUUGGGAUGUUGUACAUGUUCAUCGCCUUAGCCAUUGUGUGCGACGAGUUCUUUGUCCCGGCCCUAACUGUGAUCACAGAGAAACUUCAAAUCUCAGACGACGUUGCCGGGGCAACCUUCAUGGCGGCCGGGGGUUCUGCCCCGGAGCUUUUCACUUCCGUCAUCGGGGUGUUCAUCUCCCACAGCAACGUGGGCAUAGGAACCAUUGUGGGUUCGGCCGUGUUCAACAUCCUGUUUGUCAUCGGGAUGUGCGCGUUGUUCUCCAAGGAGGUUCUCCAGCUGACCUGGUGGCCCCUCUUUAGAGAUGUCUCCUUCUACAUCAUUGGUCUGUUGAUGCUCAUCCUGUUUUUUUUGGAUAACCAGAUCUUUCUGUGGGAAAGUAUCGCCUUGCUGCUGUGCUACUUGAGUUAUGUGACAUUUAUGAAGUUCAACGCAAAUGUAGAGACCUUCAUAAAGAGUAAAUUGGGCCAGAAUCAAGUGGAUGAGGUGGAGGCCGCUCCUAAGGCAACCACGGGUGACGACGAAAACAAGUUGACGGCCAAGCCCCGUCUCCAGAGAGGAGGCUCAUCAGCCUCCCUCCACAACACCCUGAUGAGGAAUAGCAUUUUCCAGCUCAUGAUCCACACCCUGGACCCUCUCAGUGAGGGGGAGGGACUGGGGGGGCGAUUCAAAGAGAAGGCCUCCAUUCUCCACAAGAUGGCCAAACAGAAAUGUCAAGAUGGCGGGGAUGGGGAAAAACCCAACGGUGUCGCAGACAAAAACAUCCCCAACAGUUCCAACGUCACAGUGGAAGUCACUUCACCUGCAAAUGGCGACGUAGGACCGGCGGAGGAGGAGGAAGAUGAGGAUGCUCCUCUGAGUUUGGAGUGGCCGGAGACGAACCGCAAACGAAUAACGUAUCUCCUUAUCCUCCCCAUCGUCUUCCCCCUGUGGCUCUCUCUGCCGGAUGUCAGGAGAGAGACUUCCACAAAAUUCUUCCCCAUAACUUUCAUUGGUUCCAUCUGUUGGAUUGCUGCCUUCUCCUACCUCAUGGUGUGGUGGGCUCAUCAGGUUGGAGAGACCUUCUGGAUUACAGAGGAGAUCAUGGGAUUGACCAUAUUAGCAGCUGGUACAUCAAUUCCUGAUCUAAUCACCAGUGUCAUUGUAGCCCGGAAAGGCCUUGGUGACAUGGCUGUGUCCAGCUCUGUGGGCUCCAACAUAUUUGACAUUACCGUGGGCCUGCCGUUCCCUUGGCUCAUCUACGGCCUGGUCAAUGACUUCAAGGCGGUGCAGGUGAGCAGCAACGGCCUGUUCUGCGCCAUCGUGCUCCUCUUCCUCAUGUUGCUCUUCGUCAUCAUCUCCAUCGCCUCCUGCAAGUGGAAGAUGAGCAAGGUGCUGGGAGGCCUCAUGUUUUUACUGUACAUCUUCUUCCUGGUAACCAGCGUCAUGCUGGAAGACAAGAUCAUCAUGUGUCCCAUCUCCAUCUGAAGGCCCCUCUUCAACCCCAACCUCCUGGAAACACAAACACACCUUCUCUCUCUCACACACACAUACAGUACACACGAUCAAUUGAUCCUCCCGUUGUCAAUGGAGGCUUCCAUUGGGAGGAGCAGUAGAAAACUAGCAUGACUUGAUUGAUUGAUUCCAAAUGCCUGAGCACAACCUGCAAAUGACAAUUUGUGAACUUUGAGCAGGGCAGACGGACCUGUCGAUGAGGGAUUGAUUCACGACGCUACUGCCCAAUGGGAUGGGUUUCUCCCCACAUCACAUGACCACAUCUGAGAGCUUCCAUUGGUUUAAAUCUGUCGUUGACUGACAAACAGGCGAUUGUAAUCACGUCCAUGUCGGAGAGUAGGGGACCACGUCUGGUUACUCUAAUCCAGAGGACUAUGUGAUAUGAUUAGAGAAUAGAUUUGAAUAUGUCAGGUAUCAACUGUCUGUCCGUCAAAAACUUUGAUGGCUGUAUGAAGUGGAGAUCUGGAAAAAGGUCCUGCAGGUCCUAACCAGAAAGUGGAACCUGGCAGAGAAAUGGAAGAGAGGUUCAUCAGAUGCAAGAAAUAUCAAGGCAUGAGGAACAUGGUUGGAUCCACCAACAGGUAGAUUAAAGAGCAGCGCCUCAGCUUUCACAGAGUUUACCGAACUCUAGUAAAUCGCGAUCAAUUUGCACAGGUCCUUGCUAUAAGAGUGUCUGAGGAUUGCGUGGAUCAAGCGGAAGUGUUUUUCUUGAUUUUUGUAAAUUAGUUUUCAGUUGUAUUUAUAUUACAAUUGCUUAAUUUGCAAAAUCACAAAGAUUUUUGUUCUCAAAUCAAAAUCUAGAAUUUGUACAGUUCUGAUUGGGCUUAUAACUGUUACAUGUUUGUAUGGACUUGCAAAGUUUGGAAAGGUAAAGGUGUAAAUGAAGAGAAAAUGGUAGUAAUAUGACGAGGGUGGUUUUGUUUGGGACAAUUUUGUGAAGUAAAUAUAAUGUAGUAUUUCUAAUUUAUCUUCUGUUUCUUAAACCCAACCCAUAUUUUCAAACUUGUUUGACAUAUAAUAUUAAGGUGAAUCCAGUUGAGCAAAUCUAUUGUACCUAAUGCUACAACAAUUUUAUGGUUGAAAAUGUAACAAUACCAUUUUUUUCCGGUAAAAGGUAUAUACACUGUGCUCCACUUAUUCUAUACGCAAAUCAGCUGAGGAACAUGACAAGUGUAAAUAGUUCAACCGGUCGACAGGUGUGAUGUAGGGACACACUUUUCAACCCCUUUUAAUCAAAUGUAUUUAUAAAGCCCAUUUUACAUCAGCAGAUGUCAGCAGUCCUAUACAGCAGUCCUAUACAGCAAUCCUAUACAGCAAUCCUAUACAGCAAUCCUAUACAUCAGUCCUAUACAGCAGUCCUAUACAGCAAUCCUAUACAGCAAUCCUAUACAGAAAGACUAAAACCCCAAACAAUGCAGACGUAGAAGCAGAUGUGAAGUGAAAAUAUAUAUAAAGGGGUUGUGAACUCUGUACAAAUGAUCAGUUUUCCAUGUUUGAUACAGUUUGUAUGCUUCAGAAUCAUAUAGGGAUAUAAAUGUAUAUUUUUUAUACGUCAUUUGUUUGCUUGUUUUCUCUGUAUAAUAGAGCAAACAGUAACAUGUAUAUCUGAAUAACAUCCUGUUUUUUUUCUCACUUGUGAUCAACUGAACAGAAUAAGGGGUUUAAGAUUUUAUAUGGACCAAAAGCAAAAUAGCAUGUGAAUGAUAUUCUCAGAAUAAUCGAUAGUUCUACACUGUAAAAAAAAAAAUAUAUAUAUAUAUCUUUCUUCUCCACUAUAAGAUCGAUCAUAAAACAUGUCAAACUAUUUAGUUGCUUUAGAAUUGUUACCUUACCGUUGCUGUAUGGGGCUUGCCCUUUGACUGGCAAUGGCAAACCCUAUCCCUAUCACAGCAUUCUCCAACCAUGUUCCUGGCGCGCUGCCAAGGUUUCCAAUCCAACCACAGAUGUAACUAACCUGAGUCAGUUGAUCUACCAACUAAUUAUUAGAAUCAGGUGCGCUAGAUUAGGGUUUGAGCGACAAAUUCAUAAGACGUUAGCUCUCUAGGAACAGGUUUGGAGAGCCCUGCUCUAGCACAUGAAGCAUACAGUAUGGGCAUCACCACAAUUAAGUUGUUUUCUUAUAAAUAAUUGUUAAGAUAACAAGCCCAAUUUUGCAAUACUUGUACCAUAAUAGUGACUUGUUAUAUUAUCACAUCCUAGUGGGCAAAAGUGGUGUAAAAUAUGUCUUUUGGAAAGAGAUGUGCAGUGGAAACAACGUAUUUUGAACCAUAUUUGCUCACUGGGAUAUGCUAUAUGUGAUUUCUAACAAUAAUAGUUGAACCAUCUGAGACUGAAUAGGCAACAACAACAAAAAGAUCCACUAUAUUGACAACUAAAAUAAAUGGAUUAUCUUUGCUAAAAUAUUUUCCAUGUACUACUGUAACCCCUUUCACUUUUUGUUAAUUUCUCUAAGCCAAUUACAUCAUUGUCAAUUUGUUUUCUCUCGCGAAUGCAAUGUGUAUGCAUACAAACAGUUUGUAAACUGAUAAUGAUAAUUCCAUAUUCUGUUUAGACCAAUAUCGCUUCCACUGCUUUAGGGUUUAAUGUUAUUGAUAUGUAUAGAACAUGUUUAAAAUACAGAUAACGUUCAUGACUUUAGACAUCCACGUUGCAUUAAUAAAGAAACACUUUCAUAUAGCGGGUUAUUUCUUGAUCUUUUUUUCAAUGGAUCUUAUGCGUGUGUAACAUUUAAUGCAUGGAUGAGUAGGAAGGAAAGACGAUCAGUCAAUAUACAGAACUAUAUGGACAGCGUGGAAGUCUAUCGUAAUAACACAGAACAAAGAAUGAACGGCAAUGCUUUUAUAUUUCUGUUACAUACCAUAUAUUUAAGUAUGAAUCGUGUAUUUGAAUCAUAAUCAUGUAUACUUGAAUCAUGUAAAAUAUUGUUUUUAAAAAAUCAUAUCAGUCAUUCUGUAUAAAAUGUCAUAUGAUAAUAAAUGAAACUGU